AUGGAGAGUAAGGGGCAUGAACACGGAGCACAGUACAGAGCACUAGAUAACAUGCCUAAUAUCGCUGUCCUAGGAUCAGGUGGAGGUCUGCGGGCCAUGAUAGCCCUUCUGGGAACCUUGGUGGAGCUGAAGAAUCAGGGCCUGUUGGACGCUGUCAUGUACCUGUGUGGGGUAUCGGGUUCCACCUGGUGCAUGUCUUUCCUCUACCAAGAGAAGGACUGGACAGAGAAAGUGCAGGUCUUGGAAGCACGCCUGUGUGAUACACUUUCCAAACCUCCAUGUCAUAUUCAAGAGGAAUUUACUAUUGCGACACAGGCGGCUGAAGAUGAACUCUUCUCUCUGACUGAUGUCUGGGCUUCUUUCUUUAUCUAUCCUGCAUUGAAGCUGUAUGAUGAGACUAAACUAUCUGAACAUGAUGAUUCCUCCAAAAAUGGGAAAAAUCCUUACCCAGUCUAUGCGGCAAUAGAAGCAAACCAAUUGGGUAAAGCAGGUGAAAACAGCCCAGGAACCUGGUUUGAAUUCACCCCCCAUGAAUCUGGCUUUCCCAGCCUGGGGGCAUUUGUGUGCACCGAAGACUUGGGAAAGAAAAUCAAGGAUGGGAAUUCGCAAAAGAGGGAUGAGAAAAAUAUCUGCUACCUGCAAGGCUUAUGGGGAAGCGCCCUUGGAAGUAUGGAUGCAAACAAGAAAUAUUUAAUAGACCAUCUUAAGGAAAAAUUCCGAAAACUCAGAGAACAUCGGUAUGCAGUAGGUAAAGCAGGAGUUCUACAAGGAGUGUUAGCUUCUGUGCCUUUUGUUGGUACUGAUUACACUAGUGUACUUCAUCGGGGUAUCCUCCUCCUCCUCCAGGAGCUUCAUGUUCGUGCCUCAGCUGGGGAAGAUUGCAAGAGAAUCUUAAGGCAGCUGAAGGAAGUCCUGAAAGAGGAGAAUAGCAAGUAUUCCUACCUGAAGUGCUAUGAAGUUAGUGAGACCUUGGAUUUGAAGAGCUGGGAAGAGAGAAUGCUGGAGUUUGCUGAACUCAUCUGUAUUUUUGAAAAGGAACUUGGAGAAUAUGUAUGGAGUGUAUGGCAAUUGUUAUGGAAAACCGUGACCUGUAUCUGCUACUGGAUAUGGGGGUACACCAACAACUUUCUGUACGCAGAUAGUAAAGCCCAAUCUACUGGAUUGACCAACAAAGAAUUCAUCCACUUGAUCGAUGCCGGCAUUGCCAUAAAUUCCGCCUACCCCCUCGUUCUGCGCCCAGAGAGGAAAGUGAAACUGAUCCUCUCCUUCGACUUCAGCGAUGGGGAUCCUUUCGAGACCAUUAAGAAAACUGCCAAGUACUGUGAGGCAAAUAACAUCCCAUUUCCCGAGAUAAACACAGAAGAGAUUAAGGACAUUGAUAACCCCUCUGAUUGCUACAUCUUCAAAGGAAAAGAUGUUCCUACCGUCAUGCACUUCCCUCUCUUCAACAACAAAAAUUGUCCAG